CAAAUAUGGCUUCCAAGCGGGCAUUCUGGCGGCACCAAGGUCGGCCGGCGGCUGUGCCUGCAGCUCGGCCCCGAGGCUACUGCCUUCCCGCUAUCUGAAUACUUGUGGAUUUGUAACCUGAGUGUGUUCUUUGUUGCGGGGUGCUGAGUACAAGUAAACAAGGCAACCAGUAUCCACAAGUGAAUGAACCAUGUCGGACCAGACAGACACACCAUCUGAUGGGACUUCCACUGGUCCUGAACCAGCAAGUGCCGGUGACUCUGAGGCCAUCUCUGACAUACAGAACUACUUGGCAUCCUUCAACAAAGAGAUCCAAGGUGACGGGGCUUCUUCAGCAGCUGUGACAGCUGGAGACGCAGUUAUCACAAGCGCAGAGACUGACACAGCUGAGACUGAGCCUUCAGUCACAACAGCUGAUGGCACCACUACUUUUUAUGUGACACAGACUGCUGAUGGCUUUCAGUAUGCAACAUCAAGCCAGGCUCAGUUUGAUGGCACCACUACCUACUACACUCCUGCCCAAGCCACUUUCUACACCACUGAUGCUGAACAGGCCACAGAAGGCACUGCUACAGUAACGGGCACCGGUCAACUGGAGGCCAUUCAGGGUUAUGCCACCACAGCUGAUGGCAAGGCCUUUCCAGCCACAACCACCACUAGUGAUGGUCUCCAGCAGAUAGUACUAGCUGUUGGCAAGGGCCAAGGAGCAGAGGCACGUGAAAUUGCUGUCACCAUUCCAGAUUCUAUAGAUCAAGUGCGGCAUGAAAGCACAGAAGAACUGCUGAAGGCUGUUGAGCAACAAGGGAGGGCUACGGCAGAUGGGGUGCAGCCGUCAGACCAGCCCACAUUUGUGGCCAUGCAGCCUGGUACUGCUCAUGAUGGAAGUGAUGAACAGCAGGUGAUCCUGAACACUGGUAACUCUUACCAAACUGUUACAAUUGUGCCAUCAGACACGAACCCAGGAGAGGUCAGCUAUGUGCUCAUUGUGUCCCAGCCCGACGAGGGCAAAGAGGACUUGGCCAAAGCUGACAUGGACAUGUCUGUGUAUGACUUUCAUGAAGGAGGAGAUAAGGCUGGGGCUGAAGUAGUGACAGAGGAAACCUCCACACCAGAGCCAGUAGCCAAAAUGCGUACCAUCAAGAUUGCACCCAAGAAGAGCCAGACAGUGACACAGGCACAUAUGUGCAACUACUGCAAUUACACGAGUCCAAAACGGUACUUACUGUCUCGGCACAUGAAGAGUCAUUCAGAAGAGCGACCUCACAAGUGUUCAGUGUGUGAGCGGGGCUUCAAGACGUUGGCAUCGCUGCAAAAUCAUGUUAAUACACAUACAGGCACACGCCCACACCAAUGUAAAGAAUGUGACGCGGCCUUUACUACUUCUGGAGAGUUAGUUCGUCAUGUGCGUUACCGACACACCCAUGAAAAGCCACAUCGCUGUACAGAGUGCGAUUAUGCCUCAGUAGAGCUAAGCAAGCUAAAACGGCACAUGCGCUGUCACACGGGUGAACGGCCAUACCAGUGCCCACACUGCACGUAUGCCUCGCCUGACACCUACAAGCUCAAGCGGCAUCUGCGGAUCCAUACGGGGGAGAAGCCGUACGAGUGCGAUGUGUGCCAUGCUCGUUUCACCCAGUCAAACAGCCUAAAAGCCCACAAGCUCAUUCACUCUGGUAACAAACCCAUCUUCCAGUGUGAGCUGUGCCCAACCACCUGUGGUCGCAAGACAGAUCUUAGGAUCCACGUUCAAAAGUUGCAUACCAGUGACAAACCACUAAAAUGCAAGCGGUGUGGCAAAUCCUUCCCAGACCGCUACACAUACAAGGUACAUGUAAAGAGCCAUGAAGGAGAGAAAUGCUUCAAGUGUGACCUGUGCCCUUAUGCAUCCAUCUCUCAACGUCAUCUUGAGUCUCACAUGCUGAUUCAUACGGACCAAAAGCCAUUCCGUUGUGAUGAAUGUGACCAGGCCUUCCGGCAGAAGCAACUGCUGAAGAGGCACAAGAAUCUUUACCAUGACCCCAAUUAUGUGCCCCCUAUACCCAAGGAGAAGACUCAUGAGUGUCCUGAGUGCUCUAAGGCAUUCCGGCACAAGGGUAAUCUGAUCCGGCACUUAGCAAUCCACGACCCAGAAGCAACGGCAGCUGAACGGGCAGAAGCUAUGCGCAUUGGUGAGCCCAAGGGUCCAGGAGAAGAGCCAGAUGGUGAGGAGGAUGACUACAUGAUGGAGGAUGAUGAGGAUGACGACAUGGAUGAUAUGGGCAUGGAGGAUGGCAUGGUCAAUGAAGGCCAGCAGGUUGUUGUAUUUGAGGUGAUACAGAUUCCUGCAGCAGAUGGUGUAACUAUGGAGCAGCAUGCAAUACGAGCAGUCCCCGAGGAUGCGCUGCGCAUGACCAGUAAUGGUGGUGUCCUCACUGGUGCUGAUGGCCAAGAGCUUACCAUCAUUCAGCAAGUUCCUCAGGAUCAAACUGUAGUCACCGAGGUGGUAAACAAAGCUGCACUUGUACCAAUGAAACGGCCACGUGGACGGCCAAGGAAAUAUGCCACUAUGGAGGCAGCUGCAAGCAAUCAAGGUGAGGAGGUGCUGGGCAUGGGCAAGGGGGAACUGGAUGCACCACAGAGAGAGGCUGAGAUGGCACGCAGGCGGCUUGAACAGAAGCAGAAAGACAUGGAGGAGUGCUUCGGUUUCAAUGAUGAAGAAGACGAAACAAUACUGGCAAUGCCAGCUGCACCUGGGGUGAAUGGACCGAGUGAAGAGAAAGUUCAAGAUGGCACAACCACCACCUACAUAUUGAUGCAGGAAAAUGGUGACGCUGUUUAGAUAAGGUUUCUGCCAUAUUUCACUGCAAUGUCUCAUCGCUCCUGCCAGCAGGGUUUCCAUUGGACCCUCUUUUUUUCUCAUGUGUUUUUGUUUGGUUGUUCCAUGGACACUUGACCCUCAUAUCUUUAUUUGUAUUUUUGUUGUUUUUGUUUGGUUGUUUUACGAUCCUGUGUUUUCUCCUACUGUGCUCUUGUUUGGUUGUUCCAUGGACAUAGCAUCAGUGAACCAUUGUUUCUUUCCAUCUGCACUCCUAUCUGCCUUGUGCUGCCAGCUGUCUAUGAAACAUUGUUGACUCUACCAUGAAUGGUGUCAGGAGCUUUCAGUCAUCUGUAUGAUAAAUACUGAGUUUGUGUCUCACAUGAACAGCUUUGAAUGUGAAUGGUCAUUGUAUGAGCGUAUAUCUGUUGUACAGUUGCCAUAGGUCAGCACCUACUCGUGCUUCCUUUUUUUUUUGCAUCUAGAAAGAGUGCAUCACUACUUUCGUCUGUGCAUUUUCAGUGAAUGAGAGGUUUCUUUAUGAAUCUUUUUUCAUUACGUGGUAAUGGAGAAAGGUGUUCUGGUUCCCCAAGGCUUUCAAAGCGUGAUAUGUUCAUGUUUUGGCCCCCCGCCUCAUGGUCUAAGUCAGUCUCUGUGUGGUUUUGGCUCGAAAGUGUACCUGGCAUCUCUGUUUUGAAAAGUCUUGUGGGUUCUUUUGUUUUUUAUGUACACAAUGUCCUUCAUCACAGAAAUUAUCAUAAUCAUUAUUUGUUGACUUUUCUUCUCAUUAUCAUAGAGCACCAGCUGUGUGACACAGUAGUGUGACAAAUGUGAUUUAACAUCAGUGUAAUUGUUUUGUAAAUAUAUGCAUCACUUUUCAGCACAUGCAGUGCAUUUUUUGGCACACCAUCUCCAUACAUGCAAUGGCGUCAGAUUGUUACUGGGGUGUGCAUUGGUAUUUUCAACAAAUUGCAUGCAACAUGGCUGGGCGUAUACAUACAGCUAGUUAUGAAAUUUUUGCUGUUGCUGCAUGCCAUUGUUUUCCACAGAGUUGUGUGAAAAUUUACAUUUGAGGACUGUGAAGCCCCUGUCAUACACAAGCAUAUGAUCUGUACCCUGGGGGUGACCUGUACUGGACUCGUUCAAUAUUUGAUGCAGUUGUCGGCAAAUUUGCAUGGAGAAUAGCAUUUUGAAGACCAUGUCACAUACAGGUCACUCUCUCUGCCCUGGAUGAGUCAUGAACUGAAUGAAGCUUGUGUGGCGUUUUUGGGUGCAGUUGUGUGCGAAUUCACAGAAGCUCUGUCAGAAGCCAAUUGAUCUGUGCCCUGGACAAGUUAUGUCUUGGAGUCCAUUUGAUGGAUUGUAUACCAUUCAACUUAUUACAAUGAAACUCUGUUUUGAGUGCUAAGUGCUAUUUUACUAGUUGGAAGUAGAGUUCUAAUAAAAUUAUGCAUGCCAGUGAA